ACUUCUGGAGUGACCAAAAAUGCCAAAGAAGAGAAAAACUGACAUAAACAGUGCCACACUGAAGUCAGAGGAGAGUAAUGUCCCUUUUAAGAAGUAUAUGAAUGAAUCAAGGGAGAUAAGUGAGCUCAGUGGAGAGGAUGAUCUCCCCUUAUCACAGGACUCGGUUCUUUCUGUAGAUGACCUGGACUACAGAAAUUGUUUCGAUGUUCUAACAUUAGAGGGAUUUAAUGAUGUAGCUGAAGCGUUACAAGGGGAGGGUGUGACUAGUGAGGUUCUGGACAUGGUAACAGAAGAACAACUGGAACGGCUAGGAAUCAGCCCAUUGGGAAGGAGACUGGAAGCACUUAAACUUCUGAGAGAAAUCACUGGAAGACUUUAUACUUAUAAGAUUGUGAAUGACCCAAUUCAUGGCCACAUCGAGAUCCACCCUCUGUGUGUGAAAAUAAUUGACACCCCACAAUUCCAGAGACUGCGAUUUCUUAGACAACUUGGUGGAAGUUAUUUUGUAUACCCUGGAGCGUCUCACAAUAGAUUUGAACAUUCUUUGGGAGUUUGUUAUCUGGCAGGAGAGCUGGGGUCCACCCUUAGAAAACGACAGCCAGAACUCGGAAUCUCAAACAAUGACAUCUUGUGUGUCCAGAUAGCAGGACUCUGUCAUGACCUUGGACAUGGUCCUUUUUCCCAUAUGUUUGAUGGAAAGUUCCUACCAGUGGCUAGACCAGAUAAGAAAAUCAAGCAUGAAGCCCUGUCUGUGAAGAUGUUUGAUCAUCUAGUCGAGAGUAAUGAUCUAUACUCUGUAUUUGAGAAAUAUGGUGUCACAGAACAGGACAGGACCUUUAUCAAAGAACAGAUAGCUGGACCUCUUAAACAUAAGUCUAAGGAGUGGCCAUAUCACGGCAGAAGUAAGGAAAAGGGAUUCUUGUAUGAGAUUGUAGCCAACAAGAGGAAUGGGAUUGAUGUAGAUAAGUGGGACUACUUUGCUAGGGAUUGUCAUAUGUUAGGGAUCAGGAACAACUUUGACCAUACCAGAUGUAUGAAAUAUGCUCGAGUUUUGAGUGUAGAUGGUGAACUACAAAUAUGUUCUCGAGACAAGGAGGUUGGCAACUUGUAUGACAUGUUUCAUACCAGGAAUACUCUCCACAGACGAGCAUACCAACACAGUGUUGGAAAUAUCAUAGAAACCAUGAUUACAGAAGCAAUGUUGAAGGCAGAUGAAAUCAUAAAGAUUCCUGGAAAGAACGGAGAGUUGCGGAAAAUGUCCGAGUCAGUAGAUGAUAUGGAGGCCUACCAGAAGCUGGCAGAUGACAUCUUCCAGAAGAUUCUGUGGUCCACCGAUCCUGGUCUGGAGGAGGCGAGGAAGAUUCUGAUGAACGUCCAGAAGAGGGAGCUGUACAAAUGUGUCGGACAGACACGCCCCCCACAGGGGGAAACCCUCGAUCAGACUGGACUAGACCAAAUUAAAGAUGAAUUGGUUGGCAUUUUGAACAGCAUGGACAGUCAUCUUCAGAAAGAGGAUAUUAUAAUACAUUUGGUAUACCUGGACUAUGGCAUGAAGGAUAAGAAUCCGAUAGAUCAUGUUCGCUUUUACAACAAGAAAGAUCCCACUGAGCCAAUCCAAGUCAGAAAGAAUGAGGUGUCGGACUUGCUUCCAGAGAGAUUCGCAGAACAGCUGAUCAGAUUCUACUCCAAGAAACGAGAUGAAGAAAGUAUUGACCAGGCCACUCAGGCAUUCAGAGUGUGGAGUAAACAACACCAUUGUUCAGUGGGUGCUGACAGCCUGUACCCAUACAUGACUCCAGUGAAGUCUGAUUCCAUGGCACAGGACGGUACGAAUGACAGAACUCCGAGUUCUACUGGAAUUACAACCAAUCAGAACACUCCAGGGUCGGCCAGUAAAUUCAAGUCUCGCCUCUCCUUCAACUGAGGUUUUAUUAAUUGCCAUAUUGCACUGUCUCACUCAUAGAAGCCAUUUUAUAAUGUUCUUUUAUUAAAGUUGAUAGGAGAGGUCCAGGACGUAUAAGUAUUAUGUGUAUUGCUAAUGUAUUCAUCAUAAUUUUAUUUUGCUGAAUUUUUCUUUUUUCUUCCAUAUUUUAUCUGAACUUUCCUUUACAUUUUUGCUUUGAAACCAAAUGCCUAUUGGAAGACUCAUACAAUGAAGUUGUAGCGAAAGGUUGAAGAUGGUGAUUUUAUCCUGUGUGUCCAUUUUUACCCGUGUGUGUAAAUCAAACAAGUAAAAUCGUUUUGCUGAUGAUGUAUUAAAUAUUUCCAAUUUAUUAUUUUACAAAGGUUGAAGUAAAUUUUAUUGUAUUAGGUCUUUAUAUUAAGGUUUAUUGUGAUUUUGUUCUGGGGAAUGAAGUUUAAAUGUAUUGUUGUUAAUUUAUUUCAUUCUUCCUACGCUGCCAAACUUUAUCUUUUACUGUGAUUUUAAAACCACUUUAGUUGUUCAGAAGGAGAAAGACUUCUUUAAAAUUUGUUGUUGUUGUUUAAUUGAUUUUGAAAUCCUCUGCAUUUUAUUGCAUAUUAAGAAAUCCAUCUCUAUACCAGAUCUGUCUAAACAAGAUCUCUGACUGUAUUCAGCAACUUAUUUUUUGAAUAAAUUAUGUAAAUUUUUUUAUUCAAAUAUUUAGAAAUGACUAUUAACAUAUAUUGCACGUAGGAAAUCCAUCUCUUAACCAGUAUUUCUGUCUAAACAAAUUCUCUAUAAUAUUUAGCAACUUCUUACUUUUUCAACAUCUAUAUUUUUAUAGAAAUAU